UAUUCCAUUCCUCACAAGGUCCCUCUCCUAAGUGCAUUUUCUUUAUAAAGAGAAAGAUAUCUAUGAGUGCAACUAACACUUAUUAAGAUUUUUUUUUUUUGUCUAGAAGAAAAAAGGAUGCAAGAGUUGUAGAAACUUGCACAAUUUGAGUUGAAACCCUAAGGAAGUGCUCUUGAAGAUUUUAGAACAAUCUAAUCACACUUGUCAACAGAGAAUGUACUACCAUCAUCAUCAUCAGCAGCAGCAACAAGCAAGGAACAUGCAUGCUUUGAGGAUGCACAUGCAAGGAGGAGGAAAUGGAAGUUCAGAUUCAGGACUUGUUCUUUCAACUGAUGCUAAGCCAAGACUAAAAUGGACACCAGAUCUUCAUGAACGUUUCAUUGAAGCAGUCAAUCAACUUGGUGGAGCAGAUAAAGCUACACCAAAAACAGUUUUGAAACUUAUGGGAAUUCCUGGACUUACAUUAUACCAUUUAAAGAGUCACCUACAGAAAUACAGGAUCAGUAGAAGCAUGAAUGGACAAACAAAUACUGGCAGCAGUAAAAUUGCACCAACUUCAGAAGUAGUGACAAGCAGAAUGUCAGAAUCAAGUGGAAUUCAUAUGAAAGAUUUAAACAUAGGACUCCAAACAAACAAAAAUUCAGAUAUAAAUGAAGCAUUAAAUAUGCAAAUUGAAGUGCAAAGAAGAUUACAUGAGCAGCUUGAGGUACAACGACACUUACAACUACGGAUAGAGGCUCAAGGGAAGUACCUUCAAUCAGUGCUUGAAAAAGCUAAGGAAACACUAGGAAGACAAAAUUUAGGAGCUAUGGGACUUGAUGCUGCAAAGGUUCAACUAUCUGAAUUAGCAUCAAGAGUAUCCACUGAAAACCUUGAUUCCAAAUUUUCAGAACUAAAAGAAAUGAAUGUACUUUGGGCUCAACAAACACAAGAAGGUGAGACCAUUGAUUAUUCAAUGGGGAGUUUCUUAACCAAUAGUGAGGACUCUCAAAGAGACCAAGAAAUACAUAACAAGAGCAUGAAUUUUAGAGCAUAUAAUGGCACAUUGUGUGAAGAAGUGAAGGAGAAUAUGAUGUUUCUUUCCUCAUCAAAUGAUAAAGUACUAAAGGGAUCGGAUGAAGUACCAGAAAGGACGUCAAGCCUCUUGUCUAUGAAUAUAGGAGUUCAUGAAGAAGAAAACUUUUGGCGGAGAAAUAUUUCAAAGGAAGAUUUAGAGGGUGAAGAAUGGAAAAGAAGAAAAAGUAUUGACACUAGUGGAGUGCAACUUAAACUUAAUAGUGACAAAAUUUCUCAAGAUUAUAGACUAGCAAACUUUGAUAUGAAAUUAGACUUGAAUUCCCAUGAUGACAAUGGUGCUUCUUCUCACAGCCAAAAAUUUGACUUGAAUGGUUUCAGCUGGAAUUGCUAGGACAUUUAGCUGGAAUAUUUUGCAUCUUGUUUUUGGAACAAAUUUGACAAUAACUUAGUUGAACAGAAUAAAUUGCUCUCCAAUUGCUACAGAUUGUAGUGUAGAAUUAAUUAUGUAUGGAUUUAA